AUGGCCUGCAGAUCGAGAAUCACGCCUGUCCUGCGCUGUGCGCGCGUCUCUGGCCUGGCCAGGGCCGUCGGCGGAUCUGGUGCCUCCGCAACCGCUCUGCGAUGCAUCGCGACCUCGAGCCCGCGACAGCUCAGGGCGUCGGCGCCGGCCACGGCCAAGUUCACGACCGACACGUACCCGGACCUCAAGCGGGACUCGCGCUUCGCCCAGAUCACCGACGACCACGUCGCCUACUUCAAGGACCUCCUCGGCAAGGAGUCGGCCGUCAUUGACGGCGUCACGACCGAGGUCUCCUCCGACGACAUGGAGCCGUACAACGGGGACUGGAUGCGCAAGUACCGCGGACACUGCAAGCUGGUGCUCAAGCCUGGGUCGACAGAGGAGGUCAGCAAGAUCCUCAAGUACUGCAACGAUAACAUGCUGGCCGUGGUGCCCCAGGGUGGAAACACAGGGCUCGUGGGCGGUUCCGUGCCGGUCUUUGACGAGAUUGUCAUCAACACCAGCCGCAUGAACCAGAUCCGCUCGUUCGACGACGUGAGCGGUAUCCUGGUCGCGGACGCCGGUGUUGUGCUGGAGGUUGCGGACCAGUUCCUCGCGGAGAAGGGCUAUAUCUUCCCCCUGGAUCUUGGUGCCAAGGGAUCCUGUCACAUUGGUGGGAAUGUCGCGACCAAUGCAGGUGGCCUCCGUCUGCUGCGCUACGGAAGUUUGCACGGCAGCGUUCUGGGCAUUGAAGCUGUUCUGCCCGACGGCACCAUUGUGGACGACCUGAGCAAGCUGCGCAAGAACAACACCGGCUACGACCUGAAGCAGCUCUUCAUCGGUGGUGAGGGCACCAUUGGCAUGAUUACCGCUGUAUCCGUACAGUGCCCUCAAAGGUCGAGUGCCGUCAAUGUGGCUUUCCUGGCCGUCGACUCGUACGAGAAGAUGCAGCAGACCUUCAGGGAAGCAAGGCAACAGCUGGGAGAGAUCCUGUCGGCAUUCGAGCUCAUGGAUCUGAGGAGUCAGCAACUCGUUCACAAGGUCCGCAGCAGCAAAAGCCCCCUGGAUGGCGAGCACCCGUUUUACUGCCUGAUCGAGACGAGCGGCUCCAACGCCGACCACGAUACUGAGAAGCUGGGCAACUUCCUCGAGGACGUCAUGAGCAAGGAGAUCGUGACAGACGGUGUCUUGGCCCAGGACGAGACGCAGCUCCGGUCCCUGUGGAGCCAGAGAGAAGGCAUACCCGAGUGCCUGGGCCACUGGGGCGGCGUGUACAAGUACGACGUGUCGAUCCCGCUCGAGGACAUGUACCGGCUCGUGGACGAGACGCGCGAGAAGAUCGACGCGGCCGGCCUGCGCGGCGACACGGACGAGUUCCCCGUCGUCGACGUCGUCGGGUACGGCCACAUGGGCGACUCGAACCUGCACCUCAACGUCGCCGUGCGCCGGUACGACAAGCGCGUCGAGCAGGUGCUGGAGCCCUUCGUCUACGAGUGGAUCGCCAAGGUCAACGGCAGCAUCAGCGCCGAGCACGGCCUCGGCAUCGCCAAGAAGAACUACAUCGGCUACAGCAGGAGCGAGACCAUGGUCGGCCUGAUGAAGCAGAUCAAGAAUCUAUAUGAUCCGAAUGGCAUCAUGAACCCGUAUAAAUAUUUAUAA